AUCAGUGUGCUGCAACGUCGGACGCCAAAUUCAAAGAAUUUAACGACGUUCUUUUGUUGACAGUGGACGACACGGAGUUUAACGAAGCGCAAAAAAUAUUAAACAAUGUCGAAAUACCCAGCAAGAAAGACGAAAGUGACAAAAACUGUUUAUUUGGAAAAAUAGGCAGAAAUAAAGUGACGCUCUUAAAAGUUCCAUACUUAGGCAAGACCGGCACUUCGUCAGGCCAUGAUGUUCUUGUUUAUGAAACAAUCCAAGAACUUAAACCGAAAGCUAUUGUUAGUCUGGGAGUUUGCGAUGGUGUAAGGAAAGAAGCACAUUUCCUUGGUGAUGUCGUAAUGUCAUCGCAAGUUUGCUUUCUUGAGCAACAGGAUGAUGAUUUGUCGAAUUUUGAUCCUACAACGUAUGACUGCAAUUUGGGAUUGGUGCGUUUGUUUGACCGUGGCAAAUUUGCGUGGGUUGGUCCUUGUGAAAAUGUGGUAGUUCCAAAAGUCCAUGUUGGUCAGUUUACGACAGGUUUACAAGAUGGUGACGACAAAAAGAGGGAUUCGCACAAAGGGGGAACCAUUGGAAUGGACACGGCGUCAAAAAGUAGGUAUACUAAUGCGAACGAUCGGAAUAAUUUCCUCGUGAAACAGGAAAAAUAAACAAAAACUGUUUGCUAAAUUUAAUCUUGUCAGUUAGAAGCGCUGUUCCAGCAAUGGUUGCGCAGUAAAAAUAGAUAAAUAGACAGACUCUAAUGAAAAGACGUAACCAAUUUCAUAACUAAUUUCAUUUUAGUCAAUUUACUCAUUUCUGAUUGGCUAAAAACUGUACCGAUUAAAAUUAAUCGGGACGAAUAAGAGCCCGCGUCCACUCUGCACGGUCUCGUGAGUGCAGAAAUUUUAAACACAAAACCAAAAAUUUUAAACAAUGUGAAAGUUUAUAUUGUCUGAGCUCUUAUUUAUGUUCAAAUAAAGAAGAACAAGAAGAAAUAAAGACUAUUUACAGUUUUUCUAGGUAUGAAUUGAAAAUUAGUGUCAGAUAUUCAAAAUUGGAAUUACCCUCAUGAUACGCACUCGCGGUAUUAUAAAUAUUAGACUGUUCAAAAUUUAUUAUUCAAAUAUUCAAGAUGGCUGCCAUUCCAACAACCUUUAAGCUUGGGAUGGCAAUGCUCAGAGAGGAUCGAAUCUGCAAGUUUCUGAUGACCGAUCAGACGCGCUAACCAAAGGCUCGUGGAGAACUAAAGCUCGUCAGAAAAUUGACAGAAACAUGUGUCCUUCCGGCUAACGUUCUCGUGUGAAACACAUGAAAGUCUUCGAGCUCCGAUAUUUCCCUUAAAAGUCAAUGAUAACGUCAAUUUUAUCGUUUUAAGGUGUAUAUGCAACUUGUCAGAACUCUGGAGUACCGUGGCUGUCCUGUAAAUCCAUUACAAAGUGGGCAAAUGAUGAAGGUCAAAAUUCGACUUGGUGCCAAUUUGGUGCGGCAGUUUCAGCUUCUUACGUUCAACAUGUGCUGAAGAGAUUUUAUAUUCCACACGAAGUUCAAGGUAUGUACACAGUUACCAAAUAUAUAAAGAAGAAUACACAGAAUUAACAUAUUCGGAAAAUCGGGUUGGCCAUUCGGAAAAUUACGGCAAUAAUAGUAUAACAAAAUUUUAGUUGUUUAAACAGAGAAAAUAUUAUAAAAUGAUAUUGUCAGUAUAAACCAUUGGUAUAAACUGAUUUACGAAAUCACGGCAUUUACAUGGAUAACGUAAAACAAAUCGUAAAUCGGUAAAUGUUUUUCGGUUUAUUACUUCUCAGGGCCGUAGCAAUCGGGGGGAGGGGGACUGGGGGCAGCAGCCCUUACAGAUACAGAUACAGAUACAGAUAUUUCACAACACACUCCCUAUAGGGCUUUUCAGUGACUGGUUACAUUAUGAAUAGAUAGAUAGAACCGGACUGACGUGAAGCAGACCGAGAUAGACUUUGAGCUUACAAAUGGUGCUUGUGCAGCCGCUACUAGUCCGUACCUCAUUAAUGAUCUGCCUCCAGACCUAUGUGCCUAACCCACCCUGUCAACUUUCCCUGUGGGAGGAAGCACGGAGCACCCGGAGAAAACCCACGACUUCCGGCAGAGCGUUGACUGUUUUACUCUUUUCACAUGAGGACUGGGUUCGAGUCACAUUGAGAAGUUGUCACUGAGAUUCGAACCUGCGACCUUAGAGGUGAAAGGCAAGUGCGCUAACCACUUCGAUUAAUUUGCUGAUAAACAUUCUUUUUUCAAAAUCAUGCACACCUUUAUCAUUUAAAUAAUAUACCUUUAGAAUACUGACAAUAGACUAGAGGUGUGCAUCGGUUCGGAUUGGACGUUUAUAAUCCGACAAUUGCCUAAUGUUUAAAAUCCGAUUCGAAAUUGUCUAAUCCGAAUCCUAUCCGAGUUUUGAAAAAGAAUUCCAAUCCGAUCCGAUGAAUUCUUUAAUAAAACAAAUUUCUCAUUCAAGUUGAAACAUUUAACCAAAUAAAUAUAAAAGCAAGAAAUACAUGUCAAGAAGCUGACAAAGUGACGUCCAAUUGAAGUGUCAAACGAAUAAUGCAGCGAAAACCGCGAUGAUACUUUGAUAAAUGUAAGUAGUAAUACCCCCCCCCGUCUGGCGGCGGAAGUAAUUAGUAUGCAAACUUAGGUGUCGGAAUUAAUUAGUAUGCAGGAUCUAUGACGUCACUUUGUUCGGCUAACAAUCUGGCGGAUUUUAUAAUGAGCUUGCAGAAUCUAUGACACCAGGUAGCGCGACCAAUUAACGCGGGCAGGCCUGGGCCAACUGCGGCAGGUAGCGCGACCAGUUAACGCGAGCAGGUCUGGCCCAAAUGUGGCAGGCAACCAAUUAGCAUUACGACAGGUAGCGCGACCGAUUAACGCGGGCAGGUCUGGACCAGAUGUGGCAGGUGACCAAUUAGCAUUACAGUAAUGAGAUCAAUUAGCGGCACAGCACAGUAGCGCGACCAAACAAAUUAUCAGAGAUUAUAAAUAUCGUGUUUCGAACACACGUUUCAUUUCUCACUGUUGCGUUUUGACAAGUGUUCUAUGGUUUUCUCUGGUGAAGUGUUCUCGGCUUUUGGAUUGCGUUGGAUUGUUUUUAAAAUGGCUCAUUCGGUAAGUUUGUGUAUUUGUUUUGAAUAUAUGUUUACGAUAGUUUCAGAGUCAUAGGCUGGAUAAAAUUGUUUUUGAAUAUAUGUUUACGAUAGUUUUAGAUUAAUAUGUUUAUGAUAUUUCUAGAUUAAUACGUUGGAUCUUAUCAAAGCUUGUGAAGCUGAAAGUGAACUCGACUUUCUUCAGGAGUCGUUUGUUCUGACUGAUGAGCAGAAGGAAGCUGUUCUUCAACAGCGCAUUAUAUUUUGGACGAACGCGAUGGCCGAAGAUAUUGAACGGGAGAAUCCGGUUGGAGUUGACCCUGAUAUGAUGGCAAACUGGACAGAGGAUCAACGUCGCCUGUUCAACGAAGACUGGGCCAAUGAUGAUGGUUUAUGCGAACUCGAACAUUUGCCUGAACCGCCACAAAACCAAAUAGGUGAAGGGAGCAAGCGAAAGCACGCCAGUAAUGACGUCCCCUCGAGGCGCCAAAGACCAGAGGAGUAUUUCACUAUUAAAUCAGCCAGGCAAGUCAGCGUGAGGAAAUUCAGGACGACAGGUACACAUUGAACUGUUUUUAUAUUUUUAAGCGUAACAUCGGCUACGUGUGGGAUAUAGAUUGUUAUGUGCGAGUAAGGUUUCGUUUUUAUUAGGCUCCAUUUACACUGUACCGGAUUGCUAUCGGAGUGGGUCAAAUUUUGUAGCUAUCGAAAGGUUGUGGGUUUUUUUAAUCUCAGAGGGCCAAAUAAACAUGCCAGUUCUGUCGAACUAAUAAGCAUUUGCUACUAGCCAUUGCUCCGUAACGGCAAAAGAAGAUGUAGUGACCAGCGAAUCCGGUAUAGUGUAAACCGGGGCUUGUAAGAGUUGUGUUUAUUGCUUAUAUGUACAUCUGUAGUUGGCUGUACGAAGGAUGUCCAACAAAUAAGCUUUUUAUAAAUGGUCAUAACUCUCAAAUGAGGCUUUAGUACUUACAGGGCUUACGCUUUGAAUUGCAGCUAGAUUUUUCAAGUAGCACUAUCCGGUAAAUAACGAACUUAAGACCUACGACCCGGCCGGCUCAACGACACGCUUGUGAAAGAAAGAAAUUUGUUAUGCAAGACAAAAACUAUCAAUAAUUCGUGGUCUCAGGGGUAUUUUCAAAGGCUUUGUCGUGCUAAACAAAACGUUAAACUAAGCAUUAUCACGACUUUCACGCAAGGUGAACGCUUAUUGCGACCCUAAAACCGUCUUAAAGUCGCAAUUACAGCAAACACUGCAUCGCUUUAGUCGAACUUAGCAGUUUUUAAGGUUAUUUGAAAAAUCUUCAAACAUUUAUUACGGUAAUGUAAUUGCUUAGGGCUCAUUCUUGAACUGAUAUUCAGACCGCGUAGUUGAGCUGGCGCGUCAUAGAUCUUGAGCUCUCUAUUAGUGUUGUUUGUACAACCUUCCGUUUUUAGGUAUCCAAAUUAUUCUAUAUUACAGGGUAAUAAUGUUACAAUGAUCAUGAUCUAUAUAAUGAUUAUUGCUAUAAAAAUAACGCAAUGGUGUAAACGCGCCACAUUUGCCUUGGCCAGUAGACGAAGGCUUGUAGUGUAAACACGACUCAUGAAAUGUUGGGUGUUUAAGGCUACUUCUUACCAACCAUAGUCUUUCUGAUUCCUAUUACUUGGUUAGUACAAUAGUGUAUUACGGUUUUUUAGGCACAGACUAUACUGUUCGAUUCAAUCCGUUGGACGUGCACGGGGUGUCGAACGUCAUGUCGACGUUGAACCGCGCAUUUCAACACUUAUUUGACCGACUCACGAGUGACAUGGCACCUCACGAUCAAGUUCGCUUGAUUCUCAACUCGGAUCAGCUGGACAAAUCCAUUUCCUUGCCUUUCCUACAACGCGAUCGUCUAACCCCCGAACGUUUCCUGGCAGCUGUUGAACGUGUCGUACAAUCCAAUGAUCAAUUUACUUUGGAUGACUCUGUCAGUGUCAACGUGGUCCAUGUCGAAAUGCCUCAGGGUGGUACCGGUCGUAAGCGUGAUGUUGUAAACCUCGAAAGUUUUCUCGGGAAAAAAGACUGUAUCGUUUAA